CCGUACCCGCCCCUUAACCCGUCAAAGCGGGUAAUUACCCUCGUUGACCAGUUACGAUCGGGUAGGGUACCCAUGAUUACGGGUUGGAUUGACAUCCCUAUCAACUACGGUAUCAAAUCCUACUACACUACUAGUCUACUAUUGAAUUAUUGAUAUUGAGGUCUCCAAGAAGAUUAGAUUUUGUGGUCUCGACUAGCAGAUUUGGCUGUGGGCUAAUGGCAUUGGCAGGUGAGGAGAGCAAUGAGGCGGCCCCAAGACUAAGAGCUGUUGUUUCUUUCUCAAGGACUAAGGAGCAAUUAUUAUAGAUAAUUGAGCCCACAAUUCAACUAAUACCUACAAUUUUUGGCCCAUUGUGGCCAUAUUAUAGUUGAAUUGAGCAGCACACAAAUACCUCUGAGCAUGCUAUAUUGUCGGUCCAAACUUUAAUGAGACAGCUCCUCCAACGUAGCCAACCUCGGAAUUGCGAAAGAUGGGGACAGUGAACUACGGUCCUACGGAGCUUAUUCCUUUACCACCAGGCACCAUGCUGAUCUUUGAGUUGUAGUAUUACGAGUCCAAGUUAUAGCGAGAGCGACUGUGACUUCAUUGGGCGACGCAUAUGAACUCAAUCUCUCUCUCCACUUAUUAAUCGGUGAACGGGUAGUGAAUAGUGACGACUGGUUUUGGAAUAGAGAUUUGUCAGGAUUGAAUAGUGACGACCGGUUUUGCUUCGAUUAGACGAACCGACAACAUAAUAUAAGAAAUAACCGACAUCAAACGAUAAUUUUCUUGUAGUGUUCUCUUUCUAAUUUCAACCAACAUGUAAACAAUUACACGUAGAGGUGCCAAAUGGAUCAGAUCCAUGAAUUGGUGUAUCCAUGGAUCAAGUGGCUUGCUGGAUGGAUUAAUCCAUAAAUCCAAAAGACAUCCAAACCUUGGGCCAAUAUGUAAAUUUUGAAAGUUGAAGUACUAACAUGUCGUAAUGAAAAAUUUUAGGUACCAAAAUGUAAUCUUACAAAGACAUUUUUCUUCUAAAAAUAAAAUUGAGGUACCAAAAUAUAGAAUGUAAAAAUUAUAGGUACUAAACUAAAAAAUUUCCAUUUGGAUCCAUGGAUCAAUUCGUGAAUCCACCAAUCCAAUUGGAUUUGGAUCAAAUGGAUUAGAUUAGUUGGAUAUUUUAGUGGAUGGAUUGGAAUGGAUUCAUGAAUAUGGAUCCUAAUUAUCACCUCUAACUACCCUUAUACUGACAUUACAUAAGUGAAAAACUAUGAUAAUAAAUUACUAUAGUUAAGAAAAUUAGUUCAAAACAACACAAAUUCAUGAAAAUAUUAUAUGUGUAUUAAUAAAUAUCAAAUAUGUUGAGAAGAAUAACAAACAAAAUACAUAUGCAUGUAUAUGUUCAAGCGUGUUCGGAUUCGAUAUUGAGAAAACCAAGCACACUCAUUACUCGCAAUCCUAUAAGGUUAAGUCGAAUUCAAAAUAACCACGAGUAUAGAUAUUUUUAUUAUUAACUAUGAAAUGCCAGUGUGUAUAUAAUGGGUGUGAUAACAAAACCGAUCACAAAACAAAAUUAAAGAACCUAUCCCCUUGCAUUUGCUCCACUGCCUCUCUCUCUCCAAAAUUCCAAAACUAAUCGCCCAAACAACUAUUCCUAAACAAAUCACCAUUACAAGGCAUAAUUUAUUAACCACAGACUUUGCCUUUCCCAACAGUAACCAAGAGCAAUAACUUGCUAGCUAGCUUGUGGCGAUAUGGCUAGUCGGGAGAUGAAGGAACUUCCACCAAAGGAGGUGUUUUGGCACGACGAGAAGAUGCACCAAAUAGAUGGAUUCUGGUACCUCGACUCGCUCAUGGAAUCCAUAGCCGCAUUCAGGUCACAAUUCCAGCCGAGAACCGACGACAUCCUCCUGACUUCCAUCCCCAAAACAGGAACCACAUGGCUCAUAGCUCUCUGUCACAGCAUCCUUCACCGCCACGACAACGAAGAAGAAGAAGAAGACAGUUUGAUGAAGAUGAAUCCCCACGAGUUGGUUCCAACAAUGGACAUCUCUUACCUCACCGACCAAGUCCAAGAGCAUUUGAAAUCUGACCACACCACCACCACCACCAGCCCACGUUUCCUCCACACUCAUCUGCCUUACAGCUGCCUGCCUGAGGCCGUGAGGAGCGCCGGAUCCUCGUGCAAGCUCGUCCACGUGGCACGAAACCCGAAGGACACCGUGGUGUCGAUGUGGCAUUUCUACAACAAAAUAUUUGGGAGCGAAACGACGCCCGACGUCACGAUGGAGAGCGCAGUGGAGGGGUUCUGCGGCGGGGUCAUCCCGUACGGGCCAUUUUACGAACACGUGGUGGAGUACUGGGAAGAGAGCAGGAGGCGGCCCGAGAAGGUGUUGUUUCUCAAGUACGAGGAGCUGUGCAGAGCGCCGAACGAGCAUGUCAGGAGGCUGGCUUCGUUUCUCGGGAAGCCUUUUGGUUCGGAUGAAGAUGGAGAUGCGGAGGUGGAGAAGGUGUUGUGGCGGAGCAGUUUGAACAGGCUCAAGGAGUUGGAGGUUAAUAAGAGUGACGAGGGUUUGGAGCUAGCACCCAUCAUACCCAAAAGCUCCUUCUUCAGGAAAGGAACCGUAGGGGGCUGGAAGAACUACUUAACGCCCCAAAUGGCUCAUCGCAUUGACCUACUCACUGAGCAAAAGUUGCAGGAUACCAUACUCUCUCUUGAUGAUUUCUAAAGAGUGAUUCUAGUAGAAUUCGGGGUAUCAAAUUAUUACAUCUGAAUUCUUCUUUGUUGUUCAUCUUUUAUUUUUAUGUUUUCUAUGUUUUUCAAUGAAUUUGGUUAUUGUCACUUUUUGUGUUUUUUUUUUAUAUUGAAUAAUAAUUGAAGUUUGACCGAUGCAUGAAGACUAGAAUCCACCCAUAUACAUAGAAAUUAAGGGGUUGUUUGCUUGUUGGAUUUUAGAAUAAAGGUUUUUAAUUUUUAAAACCUUACAAUUUGUGAUGGAUUUGUUGCAUUACGGAUUUGAAAGAGUCCAUUGUUUGUGUUGAUGAUUUUUUAUCAUGGAUCCUGACUCAAUGCCAGUUGAAGUGAUAUGUUUCUUCAAUGGUUACCCCGACAAGAGCUCUUUCCCGUCUGACUUCUGUGGCAUUUGUCCUUUCCCCAGCUUUCAUUUGUAGCAUCUUGUACCAAGGGCCCCACAGAUUUGCCUUCCAUCAACCAAAUCCAAACAAAAGGUGGGAUUUAUGAAUCCAUGGAGGGCCACGGAUUUGGAUCUAAAAAAAAAUUCAAAUUCGUGGAGCCCACAAGUUUGGACCUCAAUUUUUUGUUACAACAAACAAUGGAAUUGGCUAAAUCCAUCAUCCUUGCAAUUUGUGUGGCAAAUCCAUCAACCAAAUCCAACAAGCAAACGACCCCUAAAGAAUGUGUAAUGGUACUAUAUGUACACCCCUUCGGGAGAAUACUAGGGAGUGUGACAAUCAUUAAAAAAAUAUCAAUUCGAGG